CGAACCUAGCUGCCAGAACCAUGUGUCAAAUGACAGCUCUCAGCAUAUAGAUGUCCACAUGUAAUAUGGCUCUUGGUUGGAGGUCUUAUAUCUACGUGGCAUCUUGCUGUUAGUCUUUUACUAUCCAUGUGGCCGUUGUACUUGGGGUACUGAGGACCACAUUCCAUGUUUAGCUGGCUUUUUGUUGCAGCGUGGUACCCAGCGACCUGGCGGGGUUGUACACGUGGAAAUUGAUCUUCUAAAAAAAUAAAAAUAAAAAGAAAAAAGAAAGGGGCGUGGAGAGAGAAACUUUUUGUAAGAAAGCGAAAAAGAAAAAGGGAAAAGAAAAGGGCGGGGAAAUAUUUUCAGCGACAGCCAUGAAAAUGCGCAAAACAGAAAAAGCUCUAAUAUAAGCAAAUUCUCUUAAAACAAACCUUCCUUCUCUUCCUUAGAUUGCGGCCAUUUUAUCCAAAAAAGAAAAAAGAAGAAAGAAGAGCACACAGGACAAACACCAUAACACAUUCUAAAAUCUCGAAAAACUCACAAAAGAACUCUUCUUCUUUUUCUUUUUUUUCUUUUUUCUCUUUCCCCUGUUAUUCCAUCUCUCUCAGGAAAAAGAAGGAGCUUAAGGAAUUCCGAGAAAUUUUCAAAAUGCAUUUCGCGAGACUAGAUGACUCGCCGAUGUUUCGCCAACAGAUGCAAUGUUUAGAAGAAAGUGCUGAGCUAUUGAGAGGGAGAUGCUUAAAAUUCAUCAAAGGCAGCCGAAAGUACACAGAAGGACUUGGAGAGGGGUAUGAUGGGGAUGUUGCUUUUGCUAGUGCUCUUGAAGCUUUUGGAGGAGGCCAUAAUGAUCCUAUUUGCGUUGCUUUUGGAGGUCCUGUUAUGAACAAAUUUACAAUUGCUUUGAGAGAAAUUGGGACAUACAAGGAAGUCCUUAGGUCACAGGUAGAGCAUAUUCUAAAUGAUAGGUUGCUGCAGUUUGUAAAUGUUGACCUGCAAGAUAUUAAGGAAGCGCGGAAACGUUUUGACAAAGCUGCCCUCAUUUAUGAUCAGGCACGUGAUAAGUUUCUGUCAUUGAGGAAAAGCACAAGGAUGGAUGUAGCUGCUACUGUAGAAGAGGAAUUAUACAAUGCAAAAUCCUCUUUUGAGCUAGCACGCUUUAACUUGGUUAGUGCUCUUUCUGUUGUUGAGGCCAAGAAAAGAUUUGAGUUUCUAGAGGCUGUUAGUGGAACAAUGGACGCGCAUCUUCGAUAUUUCAAGCAGGGUUACGAGCUUUUGCAUCAGCUGGAACCUUUCAUUAACCAGGUCUUGGCUUAUGCACAGCAGUCUAGAGAAUGCUCCAACUAUGAGCAAGCAUCUCUUAGUGAAAGGGUACAAGAGCACAUGAGGCAAAUUGAUCGUGAAAGCAAGCACUCCUUAAAUGGAGGUCUUGGUUCUCCUAGUGGAGAGGGCAUGCGAAUUUUUGCUAGGAAUUCACAUAAAGUGAUAGAAGCAGUUAUGCAAUCUGCAUCAAGGGGGAAGGUUCAAACCAUUCGACAAGGAUAUUUAUCAAAGCGUUCCUCAAAUUUGAGAGGCGACUGGAAAAGAAGAUUUUUUGUUCUUGAUAGUCGAGGGAUGCUGUAUUAUUAUCGCAAACCUUUCAGCUGGACAUCAGCAGCUGGAAGUCAAUCUUCUGUGCAGAGGAAUGUUGCUGCUGAUAAUGGCCCUGGGUUGCUCAGUCGGUGGCUUUCUUCUCAUUAUCAUGGUGGAGUGCAUGAUGAAAAAACUGUUGCACGUCAUACUGUAAACCUAUUAACAUCAACAAUAAAGGUUGACGCAGAUCAAUCGGAUUUAAGAUUCUGUUUCAGAAUUAUCUCACCAGUAAAAGUUUAUACCUUGCAGGCAGAGAAUGCAUUGGACCAGAUGGACUGGAUUGAAAAGAUUACUGGAGUAAUAACUUCAUUAUUAAGUUUCCAGACACCUGAAAGACGUCUUUCUACUGGCCACAGGGGAAGUGGUGAUCAUCCCACUAUCAGUGAAGGCAGCUCAUUAGUAGAUUCUCCUGACAAUGAUCAGACGGACAUCGAGGACUUCACAUCUAAUAUUAUUCCCCCAAGAAGUCAUUUACAUUCAUCUAAACUUUCACAACAGCAAGAAUAUUGUAUGAGAAGUGAAAAGCCAAUUGAUGUGUUGAGAAGUGUACCUGGGAAUGACAAAUGUGCUGAUUGUGGUGCGCCUGAACCAGACUGGGCAUCCUUAAACCUUGGUGUUCUCAUAUGUAUUGAAUGUUCUGGUGUUCAUCGUAAUCUUGGUGUACAUAUAUCAAAGGUAAGAUCACUGACACUUGAUGUCAAAGUGUGGGAGCCAUCUGUCUUAAAUUUGUUUCAGUCACUGGGAAAUAUUUAUGCAAACUCAGUUUGGGAGGAGUUGCUGCAGUCAAGAACUUCCUUUACUGCUGAUGAUAUGGCUAAGGGUUUUUCAAAGUCGGACAGACAGAAGCUUUUCCAUAUAAGAAAACCAAGUCAUGAUGAUCCUAUUGCUGUUAAGGAGCAGUUCAUUCAUGCUAAGUAUGCAGAAAAGAUUUUUAUUCACAAGAUAAAGGAUGAUCAGCAUCUCCUUCCAGUUGCAGAACAAGUGUGGGAAAGUGUCUACGCCAAUGACAAGAAAGCAGUGUACCGCCACAUUGUCUGCUCUGGAGCAGAUGUCAAUGCCAUCCAUGGGCAAGCAUCAUUUAGUGACUCUUUGGACAAGCCCUUGGCAAGCUACGUGAAGUCAUUAAAUAAAAAUGAAGAUCAGCUUAUAACAGAUUUUGCUGAUGGCUGUUCACUGCUUCAUCUUGCCUGUCUAACUGCUGACAUUGGCAUGGUAGAGCUACUCUUACAAUAUGGUGCAAAUAUAAAUGCUUCCAAUUCAAAAGGUCAGACUCCACUACAUCAAUGCAUCAUUAACAAGAGAUCUGCAAUGGCAAAGUUGCUCCUUAUGAGGGGAGCAGAUCCACAAGCUGUUGACAGGAUAGGAAAUACGGCUCUUCAGCUUUUAUCAGAAUCAGCCCUUAAUGACAGUGAGCUCGUCAUUCUCUUAGCAAAGUAAAACGAUAUUCUCUCAAAACCACAGAAUGUAGGAGCUCUACAGUGGAAUGACGGAAUAGAUUUUGUAUCAUAUGCUAGAAAACUGUAUGUAAACCCAAUUCCUUGUCAAAAAAAUGGACCACAGCAGUUGGCAGGUCGGCUAGCCAGAUCAUGUAUAAUCUUUCCAUAACCAUGAGUGCAUACGAGUUCAGUCUAUGUAAAUAGUUGCCUUCCUUUUCAUGUUGCCUCUUUUAUCCCUUCUAGAGCUCUGCUAGGUUGUAAAGUUAUCACAAAGUUUUUGUACAUAUCCUGCUCCAAUUAUUUAUACUAAGAUUGUCAUUUUCAGUGAA